UUAAAGAUAUUGAUUUUGUCCAUUCAUGUGAUUCCUCAUUUCAGACGUCGAGGGCUGCUACUACAGAGUUAGUAGCAACGGCCUGCCUUACGUUUACUCUUAAUAGCUUCCAUUAUCUCAUGUAGCAGAACCUGCGGUUCUGGAGGCCAUAUGAGCCCGGUCUUCACCUUCAUUGCUGCUUUGAAAGGAAUCAUAACUCUAGCAAGAGCUGGCGUAAGUGUUGGCUCAAUGCAUAGGCUCAGUCAUAACUUUUGUUAUACUAAUUAGUGUAAUGAGCUACAACACAGCACUGAAGUACUCUUAUGGUGGGGGUAUAAUUGAAGGAAAUGGGGAAACAACUGAAAUUGAUGCAGAAUCAGCUUUAACACUGGAGUUUACUUGCACAUUUGGGGUGUUAUUUGUCGGUGUGACAAUUGCAUUUGAUAAGAGAAGGUGCAAGGAACUCAGCUUGGGAAUGGAUUAUGGUAUAGUGGCAGAGGCAAUGGCAAUUGCAGUUUCUGUGUCCAUAACAGUAACUGGGCAGACUGGAUAUUCAGGGGUGGCCUUGAACCCAGACAGGUGCCUAGACCCAGAUUGAUCCAUGAAGGCCCAUUAUGUGAAAGGCAUUGGGUAUUUUUAGAUGAGUCUUUUUGUUGCUCAAAUAAGUGGAUUUUGAGGUGGAGCUUUAACUCAACAACUAAGUUCUAUAUCAAUUCAUUUGUUCAUCUGA